AGAGAGGGAGAGGAGAGAAGAGGGGGCAGAGGACCGGGGAGUUAGAGCAAGAGAGAGAGAAAAAAAGAAGAAGCGCUGAAAGAAGCCUGACAUAGUUUUGUAAGAAAAUGUGGGAAAAGAUGUAAGGGAGCUUGGGAGCGCUCUCCCCGGGAUGGAAGACGGGAUUACUGGCCCAGCUGAAACACACCGUGGAUGUCUGAGGAACGCAGCAGGAGAUAACGCGGGGAUGACUGGAUUCUUACAGCCUUUUUCUCGAAAUGGGAACUAACUGUGCCCAGUUUCGCUGUAGUGCAAAGAUGGGGCGAAUUCAUCACUCAUUUAGGGCUCAGCGAUGGGGCCGUGAGGGAUCUAAAUCAUGUUGAGUGGAUAUUUUUACCUGGCAACUAUCACAGCGCACAAAAUUUGGAACGACUGCUUCUCCUGACGAGCAAAACGCUUUUACUGACGGCUUGGGAUGAAUGCUACAGAUCUCCGUGGGUGUGUGUGGGAUGUUGUGUCAGGGCUGAAACCCAUCCCUCUCCCAUGAGCCUGUGUGCCCACACACACACACACACACGGCGCCUCGACGCACGCACUCGGCGCCCACGCACCCACAGCCGGCACCGACGCUGUGAACUGGACCCUCGGAGCCCGGCGGAGCCCAGCCGAGCCAAGCGGAGCCGAGUCUAGCCCACUUGGAGCCUGAGGAUGUCAACAGAGACGGAGCUCCAGCCAGCGGUCAGGCCCAGCAGCGUCAGACGGGACUCCAGGAGGAAAGGGCAGGAUCGCAGCGAGGCAGCUCUCAUCAGGCGUUUUAAGGGCGAUGGCGUCCGCUACAAGGCCAAACUCAUCGGCCUGGACGAGGUCACCGCCGCCCGCGGAGACAAGCUCUGCCAGGACUCAAUGAUGAAGCUCAAGGGUAUAGCUGCUGCAGCGCGGUCUAAAGGAGAACACAAGCAGAAGGUGUUUCUAACCGUUUCCUUCGGAGGGAUCAAGAUCUUUGAUGAGAAGACGGGGAUCCUCCAACACCACCAUGCAGUCCAUGAAAUCUCCUACAUCGCCAAGGACAUCACAGACCACAGAGCCUUCGGUUAUGUCUGCGGGAAGGAGGGAAAUCACCGAUUCGUGGCCAUCAAAACUGCACAGUCGGCCGAGCCUGUGAUUCUGGACCUGCGGGACUUGUUCCAGCUCAUUUAUGACAUAAAGCAGAGAGAGGAGAUGGAGAAGAAGGCCCAGAAAGACAAGCAGUGUGAGCAGGCCGUCUACCAGACGAUACUGGAGGAGGACCUGGAAGACCCGGUCUACCAGUACAUUGUGUUUGAGGCCGGACACGAACCCAUCCGUGACCAAUCAGAAGAAAGCAUUUAUCAGGUGCCCACCAGUCAGCAGAAGGAAGGGGUCUAUGACGUCCCAAAGCGACACCCAAACAUCAGCCAGUUAGAGAUUUUCGGAGACAUGUCCACGCCGCCUGACAUAACCUCCCCGUCCACCCCGGCGUCCCCCGCCAACACCCUCGACCCCUCGCAGGGCCUGCAGCCGCCCACGGAACUGUUCGCUCCCUUCAAUCCUGCGUCCGUGCCCUCAGGUUAUGUGACGAUGGGAGCAGUACCUCCUGGCCACUGGUCCCAGCAGGCGUUUGCUGCCCAGACGCCGCUAGCCUUCGGGGUCCAGUCCCCUCUGGGCCCCGUGGCCCAGGUGAUACCGGGUGGACAGCCUCUGAUCUGGGGCCAGGCCAACAUCUUCCCCGCAACCCAGCAGCAGUGGGCCGCCAUGGCGGCUGGAGCCUUCUCCCCGACAGCCUACCUCCCGGCCCAACCUGUGGGCACUCUGCCCGCUGCGAUGUUCCAGACGCUCGCCCCGGUCACCACCGUGACUCCGGCCAGCGAGAGCCAGACGGGCGCCGGGGCCAGCGCCUCCGCUCCGUCCCCGUCGGCUUCGUCGAGUCCGCAGCACGGAGAAGGGCCGAAGAAGAUGGGCAAGGAGAUGUUCAAGGAUUUCCAGCUGGCGAAGCCUCCAGCCAUGCCGUCCAAGAAGGGCGAACAGCCCAGUCUAGCGGGAACCUCAGAGGCGUUCAGCUCUUACUUCAGCCGCGUGGGCACCGCCCAGGACACGGACGACUGCGACGACUUCGACAUUUCCCAAAUGAACCUGACGCCGGUCACUUCCACGACGCCGUCCACCAACUCCCCUCCUACGCCGGCUCCCAGGAAGAGCUCCCCGUCCAAGUCCUCGGCCUCUCACGUCAGCGACCCGCCCACGGACGCCACAGACCCGCCCACGGACGACUCGUUCGGGGAAGCGGAGGGCAGCCCCAGUCGCAGCGGGGAGGAGGACGCUGUAAGUGUGUGUAUGCCUUUAAGACGUCCCUCGUGAUGCCUCUGUAGUCUACACGGUGCGUUAAUGUGUGCUGAUAAAUAGCCUUUGCUGCAGUGUUGGCGGGCCAGGUAAUCACUCUGGCUGAUUAGCGGGCCGAUGCUGCCAGUGUCGCUUGACGAACGCGCAUUCGUGCCGGAGCGCAUAAAAAUGCACAUCAGACGUGGUUUACUGCAUGAAUAGCAGCA